GUAAUCUAGGUCGCUAUUCAGCAAUGAACAUAAAUAUCCCUUUCUUCGCCCAAUCAUUCUACAGGCUGAUAAGACAGCAUGGGGACCUACAUGUACUUAAGGCUCAUUGAUAAAGCUGUGAGCUUUAAGUGAAAUGAGAAGUGCCGAUAGCAAGACCAUGAAACCGGUCACAUCACUAUACUAAGUAGACGUGCUGACCGUAUGAUAGAUCCGUUAGAAAAAGUAACUGGACAUUUUCACAUGGAGGAUACGUACUGGUCAGGUUUGUGUGGAAAUGGAUCGAGAUACACAGCGUUUUGGAGCUGGAGUUUGACAGUGAACACCAGUAAUCCUGACGUCACACAAUGUUUCCAGGACACAGUGUUUGUGUGGGUGUCCUGUGGAAUUUUCUGGUUGUUUGCCCUCUUUUUUAUCCCAGUUUUAUCAUCCAAGCCCACCGUGCACAGCAUACGUGACGCUGGGAAAUUAAACUUGGCUAAAAUGAUCCUCAGCAUUUUGCUAUGCCUGAUCUCCAUUUUGAAUUUGCUUAAGACCAUCAGUGACAUACCAACACAUCACCCACCACCAUCCGCCUUCAUCGCACCUGCCAUAUACGCCAUCACAUUUGGAAUGUCAUCGUUUUUGAUCACGUACGAGUUUAAGAAAGGAGAGGUGUCCUCAGCCAUGUUGUUCAUCUUCUGGUCCAUACUUCUCCUACUAGGGGGUGUGUCACUAAGAUCUAAAAUAAUACAGGUGCAAACUCAGGAUCUAGACAGCAUAUUUUCCUUGGUGACGUUCUGCGCUCAUUACACCUGUGUCGUGCUUGAGUUCAUUUUGCACCUGUGGGCGGAUCCCAAAGCGCUGCCAGAAAGCACACCUGACUGGGGAGAGUUGUCCGAAAAACAGCCAAUUUUGGCAAAAACUAGACCAGCCAAAAAAUCAAGUGACAACAUGGAAAUGACACCAGAGAGGAGUGCGUCCUUUUUAAACCGAAUCUCAUACUGGUGGAUAACAAAGCUUGUAAUCAAGGGAUACAAGCAGACUCUGGUGUUUGCUGAUAUGUACGGACUGCUUCCUGAAGACUCAUGUAACGUCAUUCUUCCAAAAUUUCUGAGAGAAUGGAGAAAAGAGAAAGUGAAAACGAGCAGUAACUCAGCCGUCCAUUUCACUGCAAGUCACGACUACGGCAGCACUCCCAAUGGAUACCAGAGCUACCACCAGAUGGGGAACGGGAUUCCUUCUGCCAAGACAACCCCAACUGAUAGUCUGAAGAUGGAGAAAACGAUUGCGUCCACACGCGGAGAGCCUAGUUUACUG